GCAGGCUGGUGGCUGCUCUUCGCUCGGCUGUUGUCCUGAUAUCACUCCGCUAGCAUGGAGGAGGGGAGCGCUUGAUUAUUGUGAUGGUGGCAGCUGCUGUACACAUUGGCGACUGUAGGAUUUCCUCUCCAGCCAUCGGGACUUUUAGAAACUGCACACCUUGUUCGCGCUCGUGGAGGCUUUCGCCGGCCAAACUAAUGCAAUGCAAGUUCACGAAACAACUCCGGAGCCUGUUCUCAGCAGACGGCAAAACUUUUUUCAAAAGGACAGCACAAUAAAACGACGGGCUCGAAGCAGCGGUGCUUAUGCGUGAUGGUUGCGAGUAACAUCCGGAUGUUUGAUGGAGCUCCAGUAGAGGCGAGAGAGUAACAGACCCGCUACUCCACGGUCCCGCACUGUUGUCUAUUAAAUGGUUGACACGGCGAUCCUCCCGAAGGAGGGAUUUACACUCAUUUAAACGCUUAUUUCCUCCCCAUUUCACUGUAUCUACCUCCCUGGCGAAGCGGACUUCUGCUCCGCUUCGGAGAGGGGAGAGAGAGAGUCAGGGGGGCUUGACAAAGUUCUUCCCGAAUCACAGAUGAUGGGGGAUUUUGCCAGCCCCGCUGCCGUACCGACCGGCGGCGGUAUUUGCAUUAAUAACAGUAACUUAAACUCUGCCAUUAAUGCAACCAACAGCAGCACCGGCGGCGGCGGCGGUAACGUCGGCAUACCGAAGCACAGCACGGUGGUGGAGCGGCUCCGGCAGCGGAUCGAGGGCUGCCGGCGGCACCACGUUAACUGCGAGAGCCGCUACCAGCAAGCGCACGCCGAGCAGCUGGAGCUAGAGCGCCGGGAGACGGUGAAUCUGCACCAGCGGACUUUAGAGCUGCGAGCCAAGAAAUCCAGCAACAGCAAACAGCAGAGCAAGCAACAAGAGCCCGAUUCAACCGCGACCAUCGAGCAGAGGAACAACACUCUGAUCGCGCUCCAGGAGACGGUGAAGAGGAAAUUGGACAGUGCCCGAUCUCCUUUAAAUGGUGACCAAAAUGGCCUAAGUGAUGGGAGUUACUCUCCCACUACAAAGAGACUCCGUAAGGAAGGAUGCACUGGAAUGGACCCUCUCGGUAGCCUCCCACCCAUUUCCCCACUUCAUCCAAUGGACAUCAAGCCUACCUUGCCCUCGGGCAACAACAGUGCCUCCUCAAAUAACGGAACCGGCAAUGGCAACGCUGUUACUAACCAUCUUACUGGACGACAUGAGGAUUUAGGCAAGAAUGGUGGAAUGCCUGAUAUUAAACUUAAUGGCUCUUUGGAUUUGGACGAUGGCUUUGGCCUACUAAAGGACAUGAAACAGGAGCCUUUGGAUGAUGGCGGUGGAAUAGAGUCCUCGGAAACGUCGCUUUCAAAUCAGAACAAGCUAUUCUCUGAUAUCAAUCUGAAUGACCAGGAAUGGCAGGAACUGAUUGACGAGUUGGCGAAUACGGUGCCUGAGGAUGACAUGCACGACCUCUUUAAUGAAGACUUUGAGGAGAAGAAGGAGGUGAGCGACUUCACACGGGCCACGACAGAACAAACGCAGCUUGCACAAGACCCAGCACCUAACUCUGUAGCUUCGGCACCCAACAGUACACCGCAACCGCAGAGUGGACGGAUACCCAUGGGGUCACCUCAGGUGCGACCAUCUUCCUCUGGUCCACCAUUUGCAACUGCUGCCAAUGGGACACCGCCCCAGCAACCCUUGCAGCAGUCACCAGCAGUUGGAAUGCCAUCAGGGUCGCCUGCUAACUGUGUGGCUCGUUCUCCGCAAACGCCCACCCAAGCGCAGACCCAGGCCUCGAGGCCUGGGAAUGGAUUUAUGAUGAAUGCAGGUCCUGCCGUUGGCCCAGUGGGAUCAACUCCAGUAACGGGAGGUGGCCCUGGAUCAGGGGGAACAGGUGGACCAGCCCCGCCCACCUCUGAACUUUCACCGGCUGAGCAGCUGAAGCAAAUGGCUGCCCAACAGCAGCAACGUGCUAAACUGAUCCAACAGAAGCAACAACAGCAGUCCCAAGCCGCAAACUGGUCACCUGCAGGAGCACCAACAAGCCCAUACAGUGCACCCUUUAACCCAGACAAACCAAAUAGCCCCAUGAUGUAUCCGCAGGCUUUCAAUUCUAGCAACACAAUGGGGCCAAAAACACCAAGCAUGAACAACUACCUCCCACAGAACCACAUGAACAUGCUCAAUCAGCAGCAGCAGCAGCAGCAGCAGCAACCUAAUAACUUGACUGCCCAAAACAACCUCAAUAAGCAGCUCUCUUAUAGCAACACCAAGCCGCUGACUCAUUUCAGUGGAGUAGACCAUAUGAGUCAGCGUAUGACGCCGCCGAUGGCCAAUCAAGCCAAAAACCCGAUGAUGCCCUACAUGCAGGGCACCGCAGGGCAAGGGGGUGGGCAACCACAAGUUCCAGGUCCAAUGCCCAACCAGACAGCCCAUUUAAGUGAAGAACAGAAGAGGAUGAUGAUGAUGAAGCAAAAAGUGCUGACUCAAGGCAUGCCGUAUGGCUCUAUGCAGCAGCAUGUACAGGAAAGUGUGGUUGGAUUGCCACGGCAGGCUGGUGGAGUCCAGCCACCUCACGGAGGACAGGGGGGUGUGGCCUCAUCAGGGCCUAACGGGGCGGGGCCUGCCGGGUAUCUGGCCAAUCCACAACAGGCGGCCAUGAUGAAGCAGAUGAUGGCUAUGGAGGAAAAGAGGGUCCAGCUGCAUUUGAUGGAGCAGCAGAAAGCACAGCUUAUUAGAGAACAGAGACAGCAGCAGCAGCAGCAGCACAUGCUGGUGGAACAGUUACAACAGCAGCAGCAUCUCCCCAGACAGAUGAGUCAGGCACAGAGGAAUCCAUAUCCACUCCAGCAGUUUCAAGGCACGUCCCAGGAGAUGGCAGCAAGGAACCAGACUCUGCAGAACAUGCGGAACGCUCGACUUAUGCAGCAGCAGCAGCAACAGAACCCGGGGAUACUGCAGAUGGCGCCCGUCCAGAACUCGGCCGCCAUGCCCUCGCAGGGUGACAUGAGCAUGGCAUACGGAGGCCAGGCCAGUUCACAGACUGCCAUGUACCAGGGUAUGAACCCAAACAUGGGCCAAAUGCUCCAGCAGCAACAGCAGCACCAUCCCAACCAGCCCGGUAUGGCGAUGGCACAAAGACAAGCGGGCGCCGGCGGGCAAGGAAUGGUCGGCGGAGGCCCGGGUGGUGGGUAUGGACAGGCGAUGCUAAUGAACCAGGCCCUCCCGCAGCAGCAGAUAAAAUCAGCCAGUGUCGCCCCUGGUGGGCAGGCGAUGGCCAAAGCCCAAGUUCAGAGACUGCAGAGCAUGAUGGGAGGCGGAGGCCCGACGUGGCCGCAACAGCAAAAUAUUCAGGCCAUGGGCGGAAGGACUUCAAACGACAUGGUGGCGUUUAACAAUAGCCCUGCGUACGCCAUCCAAGGUGGCCAGCCUCCUAGGAUAGCCAAGCAGCAUUUCGCACAAGCGAUGGGCGGACAGACUAUGGUGGACCCACGUUCAAUAAACCCAGCCGCAAUGGGUGGGCCGAUGAUGCCGCACAUGGCGGGGCAACCAAGGACCAACCAGCCGCGGGGGAUGGUAAUGCCAGGCAUGAACCAGGGAGUGCCCAACAUGGCCGCUUUUGGACAGGGCCCUGCUCAGGGCAUACCGGGAGCAUCGGGAGGGGGUGGGUCGUACAUGCCAGGGGGUCAGCCUCAGGGCUACCAGAGGACGUCCAAUCAGGACCUGGCGUACGGUUACGGCAGCCAAUCGGGGGCUGGGGCCGGGGUUUCGUUCGGCCUGUCGGAUGGGACAGAUUUGGAUUCAACGGAAGGUUGGAUGGAAGAGUUUUUCCCCAACCAAUAGCCUAAGGGAUUUUUUAACAGAACAAUUUUAUGGAAAAUGUGAUUUUUUUUUUUUUUUUUUUUAAACAUGGUCAACAAAUCUAAGAAAUAUAGUACAUGUUGCGUAAUACAUGUGUGUGCUGUCACAAUAUUUAAACCAAUUCUUCUCUGUUUGGAUUGCUUCUCCAGUAAGGUUCCGCUGUUCAGUUUUUAUUUGAUUUGAUUUUUUUUUUAUAAAUACCCCUUUUGGAUUUGAUCCAUUUAUGUCUUUGUCUUUUUUUUCUCUCUUAUGUCCUUUGUGCUGGACUAAGGGCAAGAGGCACUGAAAACCUGCAAAAUGACAUUGGGAAAGAUUUUAUGGAUGUUUUUAUGUAUUUAGUUCUUCCUUGUUCUGACAUCCUGUUCAUGUAUUAAAGAGUGUGUGGAAAUUUGAGGUGGGCCUUUUUCACCAAUGGAUCCCUUUUCCCAAACCAACCGAUUCAACACACCUAUUCCUCUUUCUUCUCUUACACACCUUCUCUCUCUUGCUGCUCUUGAUGUGUGUUGAUUUGCUCUGCUCUGUGCUUGUGCGUGUGUGCGUUUAUUUGCACUAAGAGCAUCACAACAAAACACAUCAGACUCCGUGUGCUCUGUGCAUGCAAGAUGGAUGCUCUGCUGUCGCUAGGCGACCGGUGUCAGUAGAAGAGUGAAGCCGUGCGUGUGUGUGUGUUUGUCAAGGUGUUUGUUAAUAUUGCUUGAAGAGAUUUGGCAGCUACAAACUUCUCCCUCCCCUCUCUAAAACUGUGAGAAAGAUAUUUUCUUUAGUCACAAUGGCAGCUAGAAAGAAUAUACGAACUCAUCUGGAUUACAAGAAACAGUUCAUAAAGUAAUAUUUAUGCGAUUUUAAUGUAACACCCCAGUAGUUUGUGGAAGUAAUCUGAGGCAAAUGCAAUGUUUUGGUUCUAUAAUUUAAAACGCUUCACAACAUUCUAGUUUUGUUUCUUUUCUGAAGGUAAUUGCUUGUGAACACUGGUUAAAGAUUAAAAAAAAAACUAAAUGCACAGUUCAUACUGUGUUUACGCUGAUGGGUCAUGCCACUUUUCUUCUUUUAUUUUACCAGUCAAAUGACAUAUUAUAAUCACUUCAAGCUCUUGCACACACUGACACUCCUUUACCCAUUUCUCAAUGCCUGACAGAGGAAAAACAAGCACAUCAAGACUCCCGCAAGCCGUUAGUAAUCCAGUCAACUUUCUUUUUCUCUUUCAACAGUGAAUUGGCUAAAUUUGUACAUGUAAGCCUCUGCUUUGUAUUUGGAAUUUCAAUUUAUUUACAAUCCAUUUCCUCCAACUUCAUUAUUCGAAACAUUUAUAGUACACAUAAUGAAUUUGUUGUUACUUGUAUGAGUUUAACCUGGUCUGUCAACUAAUUUCAAAUGAAGUCUCAAAAUGGUAACCCUUUCUUUACUUUAGUCGUCUGUUGUUUACCAUGAAAUGCCACACAAAGAAUAUCAGUCUUUUCUCCUAGUUGUGUGUGUUACUUUAUGGUAUUAUAGUCAUGCUGUCUCUUUCUGUGAUCGAGCUCUAGUUUGAUUGUUUCAGCUCUGAGGAAUGUAACUGACUUGAAUUGUGACUGACUUGCCCUUUUUUUAGUUCUGUCUUAAUGGGAGAUUGAACGCAUUCACAUCUUCAGUGUUUCGCAGUGUUAUAUUGUUGCUGUGUCAAGAGGAUCGCAGUUGGAGAGGGUAAAGCCCACGUUCUCCUGCCGUCUCACCAAAUAUCAACAAUCUGGGACCAAGAUGAACAUGUUUUUGAUUUCUGUUGAAGUCAUCGAGCUUAUCUUUUUUCUCCAUUUUAUUUUGUACUGGUGCUGACAUAUAUGUGAUGGAAAAAGAUAUAUAUCAGAUACAGUUAUAUGUAAAUAUGUUUUUACAAUUUUAAAUACAUCAGAGGAUAUGUCUCUACUAACUGUAAAAAUAUUGCUGUUUGUUUAAAAUAGAGAAGUAUUUUUAUUUCAUCUUUUUUUCCACUUUUAAACUCAUCUGAGCUAUACCAUUGCACUUCAGACAAUGUCUUACUACUAAUUUGUAAUGUAAACCUCCUCUAAUUUUUAUUUUGAAGGUUUUUUCUAGUUUUAAAAUUUUAAUCUGUAUCUAAAGCAGUGCUUUUUUUUUCUUUUUUCAUGUACAGAAUUAUGUAAAUGGUAAUGCCAGAGAGUUACAAAGAAUUUGUUUUUCAGAAAAAAAUACAUUAAAGAGAUUGAUCAUUAAAAAUGUUCUCAUUCAAA